AUGCAUUCACACGACGAAAUGGCGGCUGAAGGCACCGACGACGACACGUCCAUCGACUUGCUAAAGGACUUGCACUUCCUCAUCGCAACAGACGAGCAAGUGCAAGACGACUUUUCGUAUCUGUGUGACUUGCUCGACGAGACUGCAAGCGAACCCAUCGACGUGUCGUCCGGCAGCAAUGGCGACACAUCAGAAAUGGGCGGCGAGUGCGCAAGUGCAGCAGGCUUUGCCAAGCUGGACCUGCAGCACACCUCACCUACAAGCGAAGCUACCUCAAGCAUCGAACCGUCAAGUACGACGGCGAAGACGUCGUCCACAAAACGAAAGAACGUCGAGAAAGACAACAUCCCUCCAACAGGGGCACGAAAUCGUUUUCAAUACCGCCAGCGACAAGAGCUGAAAGCGCUCAAGGCGCAGGUCGAGGAGCUCAAGGCAAAGUUAGCGGCAGAGUCCUCCAAGUCCUCGUCUCGUCUGGCGGCAUUAAGCGAAGCGUCGCCUUGGGAGCAAGCCGCGCGCGAUGAACUCGUCGAGCGCAACCGCGCGCACGCGGAAAACAAGCAGCUCAAGGACGCGUUGGACGACCAGUCGACGUUUGUCGAUCAAAUGCAAAAGCUGUUCAAGAAGAAACCGCGUCUCAUGGCCGAGGAUCCCUCGUCGUUGGAGGAAUGGCAAGUCUACAAGCUGGCUGCCCAGCACUCGCUCCGCGUGGCGGCUAUCCACGCGAUUGCCGACCGGCAGUACCGGCGCAUGCAGAAUGCGUUCAUCCAAACGAGCUUGUUCAACAACUCGGAUGCUCAACCCAUCGUCAGUGGCGCCCCCAGCGUACUUCCCGACGGCAACAUCCUUCUCGAGUUCAAACGACAGUUUACCAUGCCAGUGCCGUUUCCUGUGGUUGGCGCUGCGUGUUGGAACGUGAUGAAAGUCCGAGACAUGCGCCCCGGAGUAGUUGAGAGUAUCGAAACGUUGGAUCGUCACACUGUGUACCAAAAGCUAGCCGAGACCGUGGGUGGAGUCACGUUGCACUCGAAUUCCAUUCGGAGGUAUUACAGCAAUACUAAACGAGAUGUGAUCGUGUGGCGGACGGUGCUCGAAGAUGCGUUGGUGCCACAUAUGGCGAGGGGAUCUGUCAACAAUGAAUGGGGAUGGUACGACCGUGUUUUGUGCAGUGAGAAGGUGAUGGAGUGA